AUGGUAGCCGCGGCGCCAACUCAGGUUGUGGAGGAAGUGGCAGUGCCACGGACGUUGGCCGAGCCAAAGGUGGGUAUACUGUAAAUUCAGAUUACUUUUUUUAUUUUAACGUGAUCUUUGUUAAAUUUUAUUACUUUUCCAACUGUUUUUUUUAUCAUUUUUAAAAGUUGUAACUAAAAUAGCUAAAGUUAUGUUAACAUGUCAUUGUCGUUCGCACAUUUAAAAAUUUCAGUCCAAGCGGCCGAACCUGCCGACGCUUGAAGAGCUGAAGAACGCGAUUCCUCCAGAAUGCUUCGAGAAGGACUGGAAGAAGUCGAUGGCCUUCUUCGUCUGGGAUGUCGCUGUCUUGGCUACACUGUACUCGAUCGUACCUUAUGUUGAACAUUACGGAGGAUGGACUGGUCUGUUAGUCUGGUGAGUAUCGAAAAACGGCUUAACUGAAUAAUGUGGAAAACAAACUAAUAUUUUCAGUAAUCAAUUGAAACAGUAAAACAAGUACUAUAUCAAAGUAAUAUUUCAAAAUACAUUUUAGGUACUACAUAAUGGGAAUGUUUGGCUUCUCAUUGUUCGUGGUUGGCCAUGACUGUGGCCAUGGAACCUUCUCAGAAUACACAUGGCUCAAUGAUAUUGUAGGUCAUUUUGCUCAUGCCCCGAUCUUGGCCCCCUACUGGCCAUGGCAAAAGUCCCACAGACAACAUCAUCAAUAUACGUCACACAUUGAUAAGGACAUGGGUCAUCCAUGGUACACAGAAGAGGAAUACAUGGAGAAACACUGGGUCUUCAAGCACUUUGCCAAGUUCCCAUUGUCUGGUUUGAUCAGGUAAUCAUUACUUCUAAUGUUAUUGUUACCUAAAUAAUCAGUAUCGAAACUUCAACAACAGACUAUCGAUUUUGGUGUCAUACCUAUAAACGUAAUCUGCCUUUUACUAACUAUGAUUAAUAUAAUACACUUUCCAGAUGGACCAUCAUCUACCUGGCCGUAGGUAUCCCAGACGGCUCCCACUACUGGCCCUACUCAAGGUUGUUCAAAACCACUCAAGACCGUAUCAAAUGUGCUGUCAGCACUUCAGCCUGCAUCGCCUGUGCUUCGUUUGCUUUCUACCUUUGUGACUACAGUAUCUACAGCUUCUUGAAGUACUAUUUUGUACCAGUCAUGUUCUUUGGCUUGUGGAUUGUAAUGGUCACUUACCUACAACACCAGGACGAAGAGAUCGAAGUGUACGAACAAGACGAAUGGAGCUUUGUCAGAGGUCAAACUCAGACUGUAGACAGGACAUACGGUCUUUACAUUGACACUUUGAUGCAUCACAUCACUGAUGGUAAGCUUAACAUAUAGAUAUCGCGCAAAGCAUAUAGAAGCAAAACAAUAACAAACAUUUGUAACAUAAAACACAAAAACAAGGUAUCAAUGUAAAAUAACAUCCAAAAGCAUAAAAAGAUUCGCAAGAUGCUUCAUUUCGAUAUUGUUUUAGGUCAUGUUGCCCAUCACUUGUUCUUCACCAAGAUCCCUCAUUAUCAUCUGAUGGAGGCUACUGAAGGCAUCAAGAAGGUGCUGCAAAAGUACCCUGGGUUAUACAAACAUCAGAGCAACUUCCUUACUUUGUUAGAGUUCUUGAGGUUAGUAUUUCAAGGUUAUUAACAAUAUAUAAGAAAUAAGUAUUAAAAAGUUUAUCAGCUAUCAGACACCUAUAUUAAGGUUUAUACAGUAAUCCCACACUUAUUUUGAAUUUUUGAUAACAACCACGCAACAAAACAAGCUAUUUUACGUGACACUUCAAACGAAACAUGUUUUAGGCAUAAAAAACGUUUUUGACCUUGUUUUCAUUUUCAAUUGAAGUUCAUUCCUUUUCAAACAUUAACCAUGUCAUUUUAGGUUGAAUGUGAGACUGGACUACCUGUUGGGACGCGGCACUGGCAUCCUCCGAUACCGAGUGUCCAAGUUCUACCAAAACAAGACGAAAUAG